AAAAAGAAGAAGAAGAAAAAACACCAUCCUUUAGCAUUUCGCUAAUCCUUCCCGGUUAGCAAACAUUGCCGUUGUGUUUUGUGUAGAGUUUGGUGAAGAUGCCAGUGGCGGUCAUGUUGGGAGAACAUUACGAGAAGCUUCUGGAACAAUGUGAAACUCAGGAGCUGGAGGCUCCAGGUGGCAUUGCAACUCCUCAAGUGUAUUCUCAGUUACUGGCCCUCUACCUGCUGCACAAUGAUAUGAACAAUGCAAGGUAUCUUUGGAAGCGGAUUCCACAAGCAAUUAAAACGGCAAACCCAGAACUGGCAGCUAUAUGGACAGUAGGACAGUGUAUCUGGCAGCGAGAGUUCCCAGGCAUCUACAGUGCGAUUGCUGCCCAUCAGUGGUCAGAACAAAUUCUUCCGGUAAUGGAGUCUCUAAGAGAGUCGACCCGCAGGAGGGCAUAUGGCCUAGUAGCCCAGGCAUACACCUCAAUCAGUGCAGAGGACUUUGCUUCUUUUGUGGGAUAUUCCGUGGAAGAAGCAGUAAAGGGUGUAAUCAGUCACGGAUGGCAGGCGGAUCCCAACGCCCGGAUGAUAUUACCACAGAAACCAGAUCCUCCCCCUGUCUCUCUGGUUCCAAACGAGCAGCAGCUGGCCAGACUCACUGACUACGUGGCUUUCCUUGAGAACUGAUCCCCCUACCCUUAACCACCCCCUUUUCCAUCUUCUCAGCUAAACUGUGUGAUUUCAAAGGUCUUAAGUAUGUUCUUCCUGUUUUUGACUGAGAGUGACUUACAGGACUCUCCCAGAUGCUAAUCUUUCACUAUGCAUGUGUUUGUUGAAGACGGAUUUGCUUUUGCAGUUAACUUAAUACUGAAAGUGCAUUAUAAAGGAUAAUGAGAGUGAACAAUUGGAAAAGCCAAACCAUGCGAGUGUAAUGUCAUACAUGCAACCCUAGAAUAUUAACACUGAAGCUAACGCUGUUCAGUGCUGUAUUGAAAUAAGGUUUAAUGUUUGGCCAGAAUUCAUAGAACACUUCAGAAUACUUUUUUUUAUGUUACAUGUAUGUGAUUGUCAUGUUUCUUGUUUUACUCUGUUGAUAGUUUUUUUUUUUCAGCAGGAAUAAGAACGUAAAUAUGAAGAUAAAAUGAACUGUUGUUGAUGUAUACUUACUGUAGAAUGAAAAUUGUACUACAUCAGGCUGUUGGAUUUUAUUGCUCUUUUCCGAAGGGGGCUUGGGGGUGGCUUGGACAUCUGGCUUUGGCAGGCAUAGGCUAUUACCACGCAAAAUCUAGAUCUGUUUUCAUGUGAUAGCAAAUGCAUUUAUAUUGUUGAAGUGUAUUAUUUGCAGUUUCAACAAAAGCAAAUAAUAAAUAAAUUAAUUUCACCCAUA